GUUCCGUUGGACGACUUAACGUUUCCGUGUCCUCAAUGUCACCAGUACCUGCCUUUAGACAGACUGGAGGAGGAAUUAGUGAAGUGUUCCUGUCAGUGCCUUUGUAGACUUCCGGAUAAUAACGUUAGUAAAAAGGACAGUUCGAUACAGACUAGUCCCAUGUUCGAAUUUGUCGGUUCUAUACCUCAUAUCGAUAGUGAUUCCGAUGACGAUAAAGAAUCGAUUAGAACAGGAGCAACAAAUAAGAAAAUGGAAAUCGCUAGGCCUAGAAAUAUAUCGGAACUUCCCGAUAAACUGCUGAUGUCUGGAAUAAAUCUUCCAGGCACUGCAGAUACUGAUGGCAGACCGAUAAUUCUGUGCUACGCAGAAUGCAUUUCCAGGGCAGCUUUAAACAAAUAUGAAAUCGCCAAGUUGCUUUUAUAUUAUACUUCCAUACCCACGGUUGAAGCCCGAGAAAAAGGUUUCACAGUUCUUUUGCUGGCUGAAAAUGAGGCAGACUACAAAAUGAUCGAAGUUUUGGACAAAUCGGUCUGCCUGCUUGGAAACUGCAUCAAAGUCAAUCGAUUUCUAAUUUGGACACCGGGUGUUAAGAGCGACAAAGGAGUUCGAACUCUAGCUAGUCAAGUUGAGGCCAUACUAUUAACUGAAGAGUCGAGUUUGAAACAAUAUCUGAGCAAAGAUCAAGCGCCGGCAAGUUGUGGUGGAACCUGCACUCACGACCAAUUGGAAUGGGUGGAGUUUUUUAAACAAUUGGAGCCUUUUAUCGCCGUUUGCACCACUGCCGGCCAGUCAUUGCUGAAAACAUUGUCGUAUUUGAGGAACGAAGAAAUACCGCAACAAAUCACCAGACGGUUUCUGAAUCAUCAGUGCAGACAAAUAUCGAGAGCUUUGGACUCUGAAACAGUCCAAAAGCUGAAACGAGAGGGAAACAAGACUUUAACGAGCUUGGCCGAAAGAAGCCAAUGGCUAGCUGGUAGUCAAGAUGUUAAAAGAGGUACUUCGUUUGCUUAUGACUCCUUCAAUGCCGUUGAAAGAGUUACUAAGCGACUUGAGCAGCUCAAACUGGAGAGAAUGGAGAGACUGAAGGAGCUGGCCAGAUACCGGACACUACAAGAGGAAGCUGAAGAGCUUCUUCAAUGGGCGAAGAAAGUUGGAGAUGAAACAAUAAGCAGUCUAAGUUUACUUCUGCGUGCUUCGGGCGAUUCGACUAGUGUUAAAGGAGUUGCCAACCGAUUUGAUGAGUUUUUCUUCAUUGCAUGGAAACAAAUCGAGAAAUCGAUUGACCUUAUUGAAGAAUGCAAAAACAUUAACGACACCAAAGGGCAACAUCUGAAAGAAGUUUGCAACAGCAUGGCAGGUGAAAUGAAGACUUUCAGAGAACAUCUGGAGGAAACCAGGGAACGGAUUGAGGAUAGUUCGAGGUGUUUUUUACUUCUGGAAAGCUGUCACGACAUUUUGGACGAUGAUAAUGCGGAACGAGAAGAAUUUUUUAAAUUAGCUGAGCGAAGCGAAAACGAAAAGUUACAUCAGUUGUGCGAGAGUGCAAAAAAUGCAAUUUCUGAGGCAAAUCAGCAUGAUCUGCCUCCAGACAAACCAACCGACCCCGACAAAUCGCCACCAUAUUCCAGUUCGGAAUUUAGUGCCUCCAGUACCCCUCAAAAGUCGCAAAACACGCAAAUAAGAAGACGAUCCGUGAGUUCGAUGGCUUAUAUCUAUCACUGCAGUCAUCAUGCUGCUGGUGAAUUAUGCAAUUGCUGUGAAAGUGAUACGGAAAAUACCGUCUCAUACAAACUGAAGAAAAGGUAUAUUCAAAUGCACAAUUGCCAUUGCCAAGGAAGCGCCAAGGAAUUGGAGAGGAAAAAUAGUGGGACAUUAGGAGGAAUAAAAGAAGAACGUGAAAGUGUGGAAAAUCUUCUGGAAAAAGUCGACAAUCUGGACAGCAAGUGUCGACGAUGUGAUAGUGGUCUGUCCACAGCGGAUAAUUCCGUAGGAGAGGAAAGUUCUCAUUCAUAUAAACACUCUAAAAAAACUCUACAGAGAAUGUGUUCGUGCCAGUAUUAUAAGGAAAGUUGUACAGUGUGUAGUGGUGGAAGCUCUAGUGGCGGAAGCAACCAAGAUAACACGGAUAAUCAGCAAGAUAGUAUUAUUGAAGAAGGAAGUGAUAGAUAUAAUAAGAGUAAUAGCAGCGACGACAUUGAGGACGAUCCUUAUUUGGAGGAACGAAGGAAAAUUCCACCAGUCCCUGCAAACAAUCACCUUUACUGCCAUGCUUCUACGCUUGAUUUGCCAUCGGAUGCUUUAUACAACAACAUGGAACCAAAAACACAAAAAACCCUUAGUUACAUUAUUAACGAAAUGAUUGAAACCGAACGGGACUAUGUGAAAUCCCUUGACUACGUAAUAGUCAACUACAUCCCAGAACUGCAACGCGAAGACAUUCCUCAGGCCCUGAGGGGCCAUCGAAACACCGUCUUCGGAAACGUCGAGAAAAUCUACGAGUUCCAUAGGCACGAUUUCCUGGGGGAAUUGGAGGAAUGCGAGAACAAUCCCCUUCAAGUGGGGCAAAUUUUUUUGAAAUACGACAAACGCUUUUAUUUGUACGCUUUGUACAAUAAGAACAAGCCGAAGUCGGAUUCAUUGAUGUCGGAAUAUGGAUCGAUAUUUUUCAAAAGUAAACAAAUGGAACUUGGUGAUAAAAUGGACCUGGCAAGCUACUUGUUGAAACCUGUGCAGAGAAUGGGAAAAUAUGCUCUCUUACUGCAGCAAAUGAUGAAAGCAUGUCCGCAGUCAGUUUUGGGUUCUUCAGAACGAUCGAUUCAAGAACUUGAAGAUCUGCGGCAAGCUGAAGAAAUGGUGCGUUUUCAGCUCAGACACGGAAACGACCUGUUGGCCAUGGAUAGUAUACGAGAAUGUGAUGUAAACCUGAAAGAACAAGGUCGUCUUCUAAGACAAAACGAAUUUCUGGUUUGGGAGGGAAGAAGUGGCAAGAAGUCGUUGCGACAAGUGUUCCUAUUCGAAGAACUUAUACUGUUUAGUAAGGCUAGGCGAUUUCCAGACCGAAAGAAUCUUGACCUGUAUAUCUACAAGAACAGUAUAAAAAUGACGGACAUAGGACUGACCGCUCGAAUAGGCGAAACCCCUACCAAAUUCGAAAUUUGGUUCCGUAAGAGGAAACCGAAUGAUACCUUCACUCUUCAGUCGAUGUCUGAAGACGUCAAGAAAGCGUGGACCGAAGAACUAUCUCAGCUGCUGUGGAAACAGGCAAUCAGAAAUAGAGCUGUACGUAUGGCCGAGAUGUCCUCCAUGGGCAUAGGAAAUAAACCGUGCUUGGAUAUCAGACCUAGUGCAGACCAAAUCAACGAUAGGUCGAUUAGUAUUGCACAACUUAGCAAAAAUUUCCAUUCAGAUUUCUGCACGAUGACAAGAAAAUGGCGUAUUAAUGCAAUGUUACUUUGUAACAGUUUAAAAACUGCACCAAGAUUUCGCAACUCGAUUGCAGGUCCCACCCCGGAAUCCUGCAGAACUAUUAAGCGACCUCAUUCUGUUAUUUCGGUAUCGAGUGUCUCCUCCGGUAGCACCAGUUCUGGUGGGUCUGGAGGACACUCAACCAGCCAGGGGCAUUCUAGUAUCGGAUUUGACUCGAACUAUGAUAGUCCGAAACCGUAUCGGUCUGCUACACUUAAUAGUCAAUGUUCUGUAGAAAGUGGCAUCAUAGCUGACAUAUCAGUUGCAUCAGAUGAAUAUCCCGAGCAAUCGCAGCACUCCAAUUCUUAGAACGCUUUAAAAAAAUUAGACAAAAAAAUUGUUGACUGUUUUAAGUCAGUUUAACCCACACCAUGUGCCAGAAUCUACCAACUAGCUUUAAGUUAUUUUUAAGUCUGAUCAUUGAUUAUUUUCCUUUUGAACUUAACUACUACUUUGGUUUUACUAAUGUACCCCGCUAUGUUUUUUUACAAAGAUGUUUACAUUUUUCUGUAAAUAUUAAGUAAUAUUAAAUCACAAAAUAUAAUUUAUUUUAACGGUCGUAAAUCGUGUUGUUACAGAUCUAUAUAUGUUUACUUAGGUAUUUUAAAGUUCUCCCCAAUAACGGUUUAGUUAUUAGUCAUCAAUAGUACCUAAUCGAUUAACAAAUUAAAUUUUUUCGACUGCAUAAUCUGAUUCUUCAGGAAUACCGAAACGAGUAUAAAAUUCUUGGUUAUUCAAAGCACUUACAAAAAGUUUAUUUCAGCGCCAAAAAAUACAUCAUAUUGUUUUAUUAAUAAAUAAUAAAAUCAAUUUAAUUUAACGAUUGUUUUAUAAGCAAUUUUCAGAAGUAUUCCAGCUUUACUUAGCAACUCAGUUCUUUUAAGAACAUCUCUAUAAAAAUUUAGAUUUUGGAAAUUGCUUAUAGCCUAUUUUCAUAAGAUAAUCGAUUGAAUUGCAUGGUAGCUCAUAAAGUAGUUAUAGCUUGUAUUUUUAUACUUCCCGAAGUUUCCUCAUUUCAAAUUGCUGUUAUCAACAUUUAGCCAAAAUUGUAUUCGCCUAAUAGGUAUUUUCUUUUGGACAACUACACCGAAUAUAGAAAACGCGGAUGGACUUUUAAGUAAUUCAUACGAUGUAAUAAAAUUUGUAUAAUGCAAUUUUUAUAUUCACAAUAGUCAUAUUACUAUAUAAAUAUGUAUAAAACCA